AUCACCGGUGCACCAACGGUCAGCAGAUUAAGCACCCCAAAUGUUUUCAAGAAGCUGUGUUCUACGUUAGAGGUUUAAUGUUCCUGUUUUUUGGUUAUGACUUUAUCGCUUAAUCAUUUCACCAUCAACGUGAUGCUAUAUCUUGCGAUAGUCACCUCGUCCUCCAGAUCGUUUCGCCACACUAGGUGAUUUUGACCUAAAAUGGGAGGUUUAACUGUUUCUUUCCUUUUAUCGAUGCUGUUGAUCAGCACCUGCAGAGCAAAAUACGAACCUAACUGGAAAUCCAUCGACUCCAGACCGCUGCCAGAGUGGUACGAUCAGGCCAAGUUUGGCAUCUUCAUACACUGGGGAGUUUUCUCUGUUCCGAGCUUCGGCAGUGAGUGGUUCUGGUGGUACUGGCAGAAGCAAAAACUAAAGCCGUAUGUUGACUUCAUGCAGAGGAAUUAUCCUCCAGACUUCAAGUAUCAAGACUUUGCAUCACAGUUCACUGCUGAGUUCUUUGAUGCCAAAGAGUGGACGGACAUCUUUGUCUCAUCAGGUGCAAAGUACAUCAUCCUAACCACAAAACACCAUGAAGGUUUCACACUAUGGGGCUCAAAAAACUCCUGGAACUGGAAUGCAGUGGAUGUUGGACCAAAGAGAGAUCUGGUAGAUGAAGUGGCGAGUGCUCUCCGUGCUAACAGUGACCUGCGUUUAGGGCUGUAUCACUCUCUCUUUGAGUGGUUUAAUCCGCUCUUUGAACAGGACGCUGCCAAUGUCUUCACUACACAAUACUUUCCAACCAGUAAAACUCUGCCCGAGCUUUAUGAGCUCAUUGUCAAGUACAAACCAGAGGUACUUUGGUCUGAUGGGGAUGGUGACGCACCUGACAAGUACUGGAAUAGCACAGGUUUCUUAGCCUGGCUCUAUAACGACAGUCCUGUGCGAGACACAGUGGUGACGAAUGAUCGCUGGGGCUCUGGCUCCAUCUGCACCCACGGUGGAUAUUACACCUGUGCUGAUCGCUACCAGCCAGGACACCUGCUCAAACACAAGUGGGAAAACUGCAUGACCAUCGACACAAAGUCCUGGGGUUACAGACGCAACGCUCCUCUCCGGGACUACCUCACCAUAGAGCAGCUUGUAGCAACAUUGGUGGAGACUGUGUCCUGUGGGGGAAACCUGCUGAUGAACAUCGGCCCGACACACGAUGGAAGGAUCGCUCCCAUCUUUGAGGAGCGUCUGAGGCAGGUGGGUCAGUGGUUGAAGAUCAACGGGGAGUCCAUCUACAACACAACAGCAUGGCGGGCUCAGAACGACACCGUCACUCCCAACAUCUGGUACACUUUCAGACCAAAGGAAAAGAGCAUCUUUGCUAUUUUACUGGAGUGGCCCAAUAAUGGAUCUGUGAUUCUGAAUGAACCUGUGGCUACACAAGGACAGACUCAGGUGGUGCUUCUUGGCCACGGGUCUGUGCAGUGGGAACCUGUGAAGCCCAGCGGGCUGCGGGUUCUGCUGCCCCAGCUCUCCUUCAGCCAGAUGCCAUGCCAGUGGGCCUGGACACUGAGGCUGGCUGGGGCCACUUAGAGGGAACCCAGAGGAACAGACAGAAGAAGCUGGACCCAGCGUUUUAUUUCAUUUCAAUCAGGAGAGACUUAAUUUAAGAGUCAAAUAAGUUGAAUUAUUAUGGUGCACAACCAGGCUGAUAUGUUAGAGUCUUUGGUGGUUAGACUUCAUUGCAAUGUUAAAUUAUAAGGUGUAUAGAGGCCAUGGAUAUACAGGAAAAUUCACCUGAUGGAGUCUAGACACUGGUGGUGGUGAUUAAGGAAGAGCCUGAAGAUCUGAAUGGAUGUUUAUAUGAAGCAGGGCUUCUGAUGAUGGAGGAACCCCUGGCUGCUGGGAAUGAUCAGAACUGGAGGUGAAUGGGUUGGAGGAGGGACGCAUCUAUUUUUCCUGAAAUGACAACUGACAGCAACAGAGAGUAGAACAGAUUUAAAGUUUUGUAUUUAACAAUGCGAUAGCUCACGGAGAUUGUGGCAAAAACUGGUUGGUUACUGAAAGAGUGAACGCCCAGAGUCAGCUGAUGAGGUUGAGAGAGAGAGAGAGAAUGUGAAGCAUAGAAGUCUUUCUGAAUGAACUUUGCAGAGCUUCAUAUGUUUAAAUCACUGAACACGACCCAUAAAAUGUACUAUACUGUCUGUGGGUUGCACAUAUAAAAAAAUAUUUUUGAAAUACUUUACAAUAAUACAUGAUCAUUGUUUUGAUGUGGGUAACUUUUAUCAUUAAAGUCUUAUGUUCUAGUUUCAGUGGUGACACUCACACACACUGAACUGUAUUUAAGUAAAAUUUUACGGAGAGGUACUUCAGUAUUUCUAUUUUAUGCCAAUUUUAACUUCUACUCCACAACAUUUUUGAAGCCAGUAUUGUACUUUUUACUCCACUACAUUUAUUUGAUAACUUUAGUUACUAGUUACUUUGCAGAUUCAGAUUACAAAAUAUCAAUCAACUACUUCAUAUUAUGUUUUUUUUAAAGGUUAAGCUACCCAGCAGUAUACAGCUCCACCUUUACCAGCUGCAACAUUAAAGUGAUGAACACAUUAAUGCAUCACAAAUUAUAAUCCAGUAGUAGAAUUUAAAUUCUUCUGAAAUGGCCAUUCUGCAUAAUGAAUACUUUUACUUUUGGUAUAUUAAAUAUAUUUUGAUCGAUUUGAUGCUAAUACUGUUG